AUGACUGCUAUUCGUAAAAAUAUGAAAGAUAUGUCUACUACCGAUAAAUCAACAGAAAGUUUGGAUGAUAAUAUGACUGAAAACUCACAACAAUUAGAGGAUGAAAAUAUGGGUACAAUUAAUGAAGAAGGAUCUGAUACACAAGAUAGUGAACAUCAGCAACAAUAUCUUGACGACAAUACAAAGAAUGGAUCACCUACAUCAACCAUAGCAACUACCACAGAUACCAGCAGUUUGGAUGCUGCAUCAUCUACAGAAAAUAAGGAUAAAAAUGAUAAGGAAGCGGAUAGUAGUAAACCAACAAGAACAUACACUCAAUUUGGAAGCAAGAAAAAUGGUGAUACUGAUGAUUGGAGCGAAUUUGCCGAAGAAGAAGAAGAAGAAGAUAAUCAAAAGCAAAAAUCAACAACAACAAUACCAGCAGCAAAUGCUCAACAAGAUAAAUCAAAAUACACAUUUGGUAGUACUUCAGGUUUUGGAACAAAAGGUUGGGCAACUUCUCAUCAAACUACUACAACUACCCAAAAGGCAACUUCAUUUACUAGUCUUUCUGGUUCUUCAUUUGGAUCCUUUACACCGUCAUCCACAAGUGGUCUUGGCAGUUUCUCAUCUUCCACAUCAUCUCCUUCAAACAAAGCUACAUCAGCUUUUGGCGCAUUUGCGAAUGCACCUACUUCUUCACCUUUUGCAAUGGCAGCUAGUGGCGGUCCUAAUGCUUUAUCAGCUCUCCCAAAGGUCAUCUCAACAACGUCAGCAUUAUCGCCAGCUGGUUCCGCUUCAAGUGUUACAAGCUCAGAACAUCCUGAUGGACAAGACAAUAAUGAUCAGCAAGAGGAAGAUAAAGAUCAAGAUAACAAUAUCGACAAUACAGAAAGAGAACAUACAUUUGGUGAAGGAAAUAAGAUCAAGGUACCGGGAAUAAAGCCAACAGAAAUCAGGACAGGUGAAGAAGAUGAAAAUACAGUUUACCAAACCAAAGCAAAACUACUUGUAUUGGAUACGACUAGCAAUAAUUGGAAGGAACGAGGAAGUGGCACCUUCCGUAUCAAUGUCAAGGAUGUGGAAAUUUCUGGAACAACAUCAAGUCAGGCAAGAUUAGUGAUGCGGGCUGAUUCAGUAUACAGAUUGAUCUUAAAUCUCCUUUUAUUCGCUGAAAUGAAAGUAUUUAUUAUGCAAGAUCGAUUUGUGCGUUUUGCUGGAUUCGAAUCAGAAAUGAAAGAAAAUGUCUCUUCGGGGAAAAAGUCAGGGAAGUUUCCUUCACAAUUAUUCACCAAAUGGAAAACUGAAGUGAUAGAAAAGCAAGAAAGCUUAUUGUCAACACACGCUGAUUUGCCUCUAGUGGUUGCUUUGACGAGUCUCAUCAAUGGGGAAGAUCAAUCCUGGGUGACACAAUCUUCAUAUUUGAAGCAAAUAGUUCAAAUCCUGAAAGCUAGUGGCCAAAUCAAAGACAGUGACAAAACCAAACAAGUUAUCGUCGAUCUUGUCAAAUCUAUAGUUAACCCUAUCGCUGCAUUGGGCUAUUUUUAUGCUUCAGAAAACAACACACGACGUUUAUUUAUUCCUCUUCUUGAAGCUAUUCAGCUAUUUGUCCAUGACACCAACGACUCCACCUUGAUCGAUGUUUACACUGAUUACCUUUCACAAGAGAAAAGCGACUUGACAAAGAUGGAUAAUGAUAUAAGUGAUGACAACAGCGACAAUAAUGCUUUUGCCCAUAAGUCAUUGACCAUUCACAUGACUCUGGAUUUCGAACUUGGCCGCCAGCUGAUUACUAACACAUACGAACUGACACUUCGAUAUCUCGUGAGACAUAUUUUAUCAUGUCAACAACUAUUAGAAAAAGCAACAACGAUAAAGGACAGGAAUAUGGAUCAAAUUGUUGUCAAUGUUCAUUAUUUGGUCAAGACAACCAUGUCUCUUUUGACUCGAUCGGAUACAACUGAAAAAAUUCUUGGUGGACUCCUUGACGCGAAAACGACGGUGGAUGACAAUCCUUAUGUAUCUUUACUGUCUCAGUUGACCAAUGCUCUUUUGAAAAUUAUUACUCAAUCUUCAUUUUAUGGGAAAGACUGUUGUCAAGUAGCAGGUAUGGCAGUCGGGGCAGUAAUGAACCUUGGCAAGGAUGCUUCUUUUGUUCGCGAUUGGAUCUUGGGUUGGUUUUUUGUGGAUACUGAAAGAAAAUCAUUUGAUGCUGCCAAUCAUAUGUCCAUUCUUUUUGGAAUCAAUUCAUCAUCACGUUUAGAAAAUACUGGUUGGGAAGGAAAGGAUGCACCAAUGUUAUUUAUUAUUCGUGGUAUGAUCUCUACUGUUCGAAAAGAAGUUUUAUUCUGUCCCUGUGAUCCGGAAUUGCCUAUCCGUCAUCUGAAAAGUUACGAAGGUGUCAAUCAUUUAUUUGGUCUUUGUUUUGUUGGUACGAAAUAUUUUUGUAUGAUGGAUAGCGGUGAUUCUCAAGGAAAAGUAGUAGCUUUCGAAGCAAUGUCUACGUGGUUACUGGAACUGAAGAACAUGAUGAUUGAGAACAAAAAGAAGGAUAAUGAUGUUUAUGAUGCUUCCAAGAUUUUGUCAAAUUCAAAUGUUGAUAUAUUGAUUCAUUUUGUAUGGAAUUACUGGGAUGAUCCAAUCGAUUCACUACAACAUCGGGUUCGCAUGAUUUUCGAAUUACUCCUAGCUAUUCUGGAUAUUAGGGCUGCUUACUUCCACGAAGAAGAAGUUCAUCAACAAUAUCUAUUGAACUUAUUGAAAAACUUGCUGAUGAUGGACUGGCACAGAAAGGUGAAAUAUGCUUUGAUGACAAUGUUGGUUGUCAAGUUGGGAACGGCAGUCUAUUUUGAUCUGGAACCCCAAUUGGUCUGGAAAUGUUUACGUGCUAUGGAUAGUUUAAGCUUGUCGUCUCAAAUCGCCGGCUUCGUUCUGGAGCUGCUCAAUCGAUAUAUACUGGAAUCAGUCCCUUCAUGUAAACCAUCAAAAGGUCAAAGUAUCAAGUUGAUAGGAAAAGAUGAAGAAACCAAGAUCCUGAUUGAUCGCUGGGUUAUCUUAUGGGCAAUCCCAAUGCUUCGAUGCUUGACUUCUUCGUCUGACAUAUUACGACAAAAUGCAAGUGGAUUCAUCUUACAGCCUUUAUUCAAAACGAAUACUGAUUCAUUUUGGUAUUUGAUGGAUAUUCUGAACAAUACAACUCAUGAAGCUUGGACCAAUUUAGAUCAACAAUAUCGUUUACAUGCUUUUAUCUCUGUUCUAAAGAUUGCUCGAAGUUUGGAUAUCGUGGACGGUAGUCUGUAUACAAGAGAAGAUGAACAAACGAAGGACUCUCGAAAAGUAUCAGCUAGUACUUUGAAAUUGGUGGCUUACCAUUUGGAUCCUCAAAUUAGAAUUGAUGCUCUUGGACUCUUAUGUGAAUCUCGAAAAGGCGCAGCUGUAGUGACCGACAUUGAACUGGAAAUGAUCAAGUACUUUUUACCUCUUAACAUGAACUGCAAUUCCCCUGAAUUCCGACAAAAAUUGUGUGCUCAUCUUACCAAAUUAUUGACUCGACUUCGUGGAAAUAUUUAUGCUCAAUAUCGAAUCUAUUUAUCUCAUAUGACAUUUGUAGAGAAAGCAACAAAUGAAAAGCGACCAGAAGAAGAAAUCACUGAUGCUCAAUUGGAAAUGGAGAAGGUGGGCCAAACUAUUCAACAAGGCAAGGAAUUCCUUUAUUGGCUCAAUAAUCAUGUUGCCAACUCACUCUAUCCAGGUGCUUCUUAUCAACGGGUGGCUACAGCAUUACGUAUUUUGAAUAUACUGGUUAAGGUGUACGGUAUUCCUGAAUCGUCAGCAAACGAUAAUGACAUGUCCAUCUCUGAUGAUGAUGAUAAGAUAACAGCAACAACGUUUUCAACAACAUCAACAACAAUAGGUAUCCAUGGAUCAACAUCCGAUUUCCCAUUCACAAUCCCUUUGGCGUCUCCUCGUAAUGCCAAACUGUUGAUUGAUACUCUGAUGGACUCCUAUGAUUUUAAUCGCAAUUUGGCAUUUGAUAUUCUAUGUCAGUUCCCUAGUCCAUUGCCUGGUGUCACGUCCAAAGAAAAUGUUCAAGAUCUUCUAUGGUGGGGACUCAAUAAUGUCGUCAGUACUCGCGCUGGUGAAAGUGAUAGUGGUGCUAUGAUCUUCCGAUUGAUCUUUACCAAGUAUGUGACUGGUCUUGAAUUCAACUUGUAUCCUCAGCAAAGUAGUUCAUUGACUUUGACCAAGAAGAAAAAAAGAGGUGGUGCUAAGAAGAAACAACAUCAAGGUUCAGCUGCAGUUAUCUUUACCAAUCGACUUUUAGAUAUGCUUGAAGAUCAGAUCGAAAUCGCUAAAUCAAAUCUUCUGUUAGCUGCUCAACAUCAUCCUAUGCAUGGGACCUUAUUGGCUCUACAAUAUGUUUUCCGUGAAGUAGAUUAUCAGGAUUCUCGUAUCAUGGCUGAUCAAGCAAAAUGGAAAGAUAUUCAUGCUCGUACUUUGGCGUUGAUUCAAUCUGUCUGCGAUAGUGUGAUGGAUGUAUUAUCAAACCCAUCUCCUGAAGGAAAUGUACCAGCUUGUUUCAAGGAAAUGGAUGAAACAAUUACCGAUAUCGUUGGCCAAGACACUGAAAAUUUGGAUGCAGAAUUUGGACCCAAACAUCAAGUUAUUCUUAGCUGUUGUUGGCGUGCUGUCAAGGAAGCAAGUUCCUUAUUAGAAGUGAUCAUUGUGAAAGUUCCCCUCGCAAGAAAUCGACAAGACAGGAACGCUUUGUUGACCUUUGUGGAUUUGGAAAAGAGUGGCAGUUUACUUCGAACAUUAUUGACCAGUAUUCGUCAUCGUGGUGCUUUUUCUGCUGUUUAUCCUACGUACGUAUCUUUAUGUUCAAGAUUAUUGGGAUCACAAGAUUCAACAUUGAAUAGUUUACCACAUAAAUGGAUCAAGGAAAACCUGUCAAGUCUUACUUCAAGCAACAUUUCCAUCACUCGACGUAGUGCGGGUUUACCUCUUUGUAUACUUGCCAUUGUCAGUAGUGAAUCUGUCACCAAAAAAGAACUCUUGGGCGAAACUUUCCAGCAACUUUUGAAAUUGGCAGGCGAAGAACCUCCUAUGGAUGCUGAUCAAAGAGUAGAUCUCCCACAAGUACAUGCUUACAAUAUCAUGCGAACUAUAUUUAUGGAUUCCAAACUUGGCACCCGUGUUUUGGAAUAUGCAUCUGACGGAUUUUUUUUGGCCAUCAAUGGAUUCUCAUCAUCAAGUUGGGCAAUUCGAAACUGUGCUGUUAUGUUAUUUUCCACUUUAUUACAAAGGACACUUGGUACCAAGAAGACAAGAGAUGAACAUAGCAAUGUGAACAAUUUGACAGGACAAGAAUUCUUUACUCGAUUCCCAAAACUUCAUUCUUAUCUAUUGAAAGAACUAGCAAAUGCAGUAGAUCAACUUUUCGGAAAAUCUAUGGCUGAUAGUGUUCAUCCUGGUCUAUAUCCUAUGUUAACCUUGCUCUCUCGAUUGCGGCCUUCAGUAAUGGAUGACGCUACUGAUGCACUUUCUAUGGCUCCCUUUAUUCCUCUAGUUCUAUCCUGUGCUGGAAGUUCAAUUUUCAAGACUCGGGAAAUGGCUGCUCGAGCCUUGGUACCACUGGUUUCUUCUACUGUAUCAUUAGUUGUCAUGAUAGCGGAUUUGUUGGAAUGGGAUGAAAAGUUGACACAAAAUGAAAUCCAUGGUCGUUUGAUUCAAGUCCAAUUCUUAUUGCGUGGUCAUUUGUAUCAAGGAUCAACAUCAAAAGACACUCUAUUGAAACUCAUCAAAUCACUUCCAGGUGUCAUCGUUUCCUGUUUGUCUGUAGCGAAUCAAUUGAAUGAAAUCUCUCAGGCUUUACUUUUGGAUAUUAUCUCUGAAUUCUUCUUGGACUGUAAAUGGAUUUUCGAAGACAGGUCAUCAGUAUUGAUUGAUGAGUUGAUUUCAGUGUCGGAUGAAUCUUUUGAAACUCUACGAGGAUUCGUACUCUCUUAUUGUAACGAAACCAUUCAAACCAAGUCUGAAGUGGGGCUUAUCGGUACCUAUUUGGCAAGACAAUCUAUGGCAAAUGUAGUUGUUUUGGGUCAUUUGAACUUUGGAAUUUCUGAACUACCUAGUAUCUUGUAUCUUCUUGAUGAUCCUGAUUAUGAAGUACGAUUACUCACCAUGACCAAACUGAUGACUUACUUUAACAAAGUAGAUAACUCAACCAAGAUCUCGGGUAUAACCACACUUCAACACAAAUUGAUACAAAAAACAUAUGAUGGUGAAGAUAAUAUCCAUUGUUUUGCAACUGCUGCUAAGUUCCUUAUGAAUCUCAACAAGUCCUCUCCUUAUCCAAAAGAAACAAUUCAGAAUUCCAAUUCUAUCCACUUUACUCUGGAUCAAUACUGGAAUAAACUGCUUGAUCAUUUUACGAAACGUCAAUCUAUUUUGGUGACUGAAUCGGUACUUCCUUUGCUUGGUGCCUUAUUUGCUCAGAUUCUACAGAGUCCACUGAACAAUGAUUUUGUACAAAGCUGUUUAAAAACAUGGAGUACAUAUGUGGUCAAAUAUAGUAACAAGGAAGUGGCAUUGCCGUUACGAGAGGCUGUUGUCAAGUCUAUAGAAUUUACAGCCAAACAUUUGUUUAUGCAUACCAUUCAAUUAGGUGAAGAAGCUGAUGGUGCAAGAACUCUAGCUGAAUUGGCGAUUAUUCAAUUAUUACAGGAUGACGACAUUGAUAUUCGACAAAAUAUGGCUACUAUUGUUUCCGAAGCAUUGCAACUUGUGGCACCUGUACAUCCUGAACGAGCUGUGGAACUUAUUCAUCGACAUCUUACUAUUCGUGUUGUUUAUCCUGCUCGUCUUCAAACAGUACUUACACAGAACCUGAUUGGGGUUGGGAAGUUACGAUCUGUGUGGCAUGAUGAAUUGACAAGUCAUAGAGCUUUGUUCGAAAAGGAAAACCCCAACAUCUAUAAGGAAGAUAUGGUUGAUAUUCAAUGGGCAGCAGUGGAUUUGGAUCAAUUACAUUAUCAUCAAUCAGCAGAUUUUUCAAGAAUUAUGCAACAACAAUCUAUAUUUAUGAUGGACGUAGCCAAUCAACUGAUUGAUUUUUGUAGACUUUUGGAACCUGCUUCUGGAGCUUCAAUUAUGAAACAUGGUCCUUAUGGCAUCACUUCUCGACCAACCCUCUUUUUGGUUGCUUAUCGUUUAUUGUUGACAAUGACAUUUUCUUAUGAUUACCUUGCAGAAUUACCUGAGCUAGCUCCUGACUUUGUACCUCUGACAAAAGAAUUGAAAUCAGCAUUACACAACGUUACUGAAGAAUCAGUCCACCCUUUAUUAUGGCAACAACUUCACGGCGAAUCUGGUUUAGCGGGCAAGAUACAUCAAUUCUUACGACGAUUUAAUAAACCAACUUACAACAUGUUUCUUAUUGCCCCUGACUUUCGGGAAUAGUAUAGAAUAGAUAGAUACAUACAUAGAAAAUAGAUUUUUUUUUUUAAAUAAUAAAAUAAAAUAAAAUAAAGAAUGACAACUUAUUUAUUUCAGCC